GCGGAGCCAUAUUCUCCAGCAUGUUUGCUCUCUCUGGCGGCGAAGUUCUCAUUGAAGAUUGCCUGUCAUCGAGUUCGACUCAACAUUCUGCAGGGGGAGCUAUCUAUGCGUUGAGGAUUCUUGUCGUCGAGUCCUCUUCGAAUCUCACCAUUGGAAGGUGUGUCGCAGCUGUCAGGAACAACGCGAAUCAGGUACAUGGAGGUGCGGUGUUCAGCCAAAAGGAUUUUACGCAGCGCGGCGGUAGCAUUAAGAUCUACGAUUGUGCC